AUGAUUGAAGAUAAUAUAAAUAAUAAUGAAAAUGAAAAUGAAGAUAAAAAUGGAAAUGGAAAUGAAAAUGAAAAUGAUAAAAAUAAUAAAAAUAAUAAAUUUGAAGCUUUAUUGAUGCAAUCACCAAUUUCACAAUCAACACCAUUUAUAUUUCCAUCACCAAAAAUAAACUCAAACAUUUUAACAACAGAGCCAUUAACAACACAAUUGUCAUCCUCACCAACAACUACACCGUCAUUAAAAAAGAGAAAACCAAAAACAGUAAGAAAUCCAUUUAUCGGUCCAUCAUCGAAUAAAACCAAAUCAAAUUUCCCAGAGUUUCCAUCUUGGACAUUCGAGAAAAAUAAUAAUGAUUUUUGUCAAGGUGGUUUAUCAAUAAAAAAUAAACACCUUUUUACUUUUGAUGAUAAUAAUAAUAAUAAUAAUAAUAAUAAUAAUAAUAAUAAUAAUAAUAAUAAUAAUAAUAAUAAUAAUAAUAAUAAUUUAAAUAUAAAUUUUAAUAAUCGUAGUAUUUAUAAUAAUUAUAAAAAUAAUAAUAAUUUCAAUCAAAGUGAUGAUGAAGAUUGUGAAAAAGAUAAUGAUCGUUUUUUAAAUUCAGAAAACUUUGAUGAAGAGGAAGAUGAAGAAGAUGAAGAUGAUUGUACCAAUAAAAAUUUUGAAUGGUCAAUUGACAUGUUGGCUACCAUUAUGCCUGUAAAUAUAACAUUGGAUAAUCAACAAAAUAAUUUAAACUCUACCAACAAUAGUGAUAAUGGCUAUGAAAGUUCAACUGAAUUGUUUGAAUUUAAAAAAUGGAAAAUUGAAGAUGAAAAAAAGUCAAAUGAUUAUUUCAGUAGACCAACAAUUUAUCCACAUGUAAAAAUUAAUAAUCAAAAUAAUCAAAAUAAUCAAAAUAACUCUUUUUUAUUUAAAUCAUCAAAAACAAACCAAUCAAUACAACAACUACAACAACAACAACAACAACAACAACAACAACAACAACAACAAAAUAAUAAUGAUAAUAAUAAUAAUAAUAAUAAUAAUAAUAAUAAUAAUAAUAAUUCAACCUUGACUUCUUCUAAUAGUUUAAGUGGUAUUAAAAGAAAGUCAUCAGGAAGUAAUUAUAAUAGUGAAGAUGAUACCUAUUCAAUUGAAAAGGAUCAAACUGGUGUAUCUGCAUUUGUAGAUGAUAUUUUAAUUGGAGAUAUAAAUCUUAGUAGUAUUAGUAGUAUAGGUGGUGGAAAUAGUGGAAUCGUAUUUGGUAGACCAACUAUCUUUAAUACCCCAACUCAUUUUAAUACAUAUAUUUAUAAUAAUAAUAAUAAUAAUAAUAAUAAUAAUAAUAAUAAUAAUAAUAAUAAUAAUAAUAAUAAUAAUAAUAAUAAUAAUAAUAAUAAUAGUGGAUCAAACUCCAAACCUAUUAUUGCAAAAAGAUUUCCAAAUAGACCACAAUUCCCAGAGUGUUUAGAAGAAUCAUUCUCAAUAAAUUUAAACAAACAAUCUCAAAAUAACAAUAAUAAUAACAAUAAUAAUAAUAAUAAUAAUAAUAAUAAUAAUAAUAAUAAUAAUAAUAAUAAUAAUAAUAAUAAUAAUAAUAAUAAUAAUAAUAAUAAUAACAAUAAUAAUAUUAAAAUUAUCAACAAUAACAAUAAUGAUUCUGACAUAUUUUUAACACCAAUGACACCUGUGAAAAUAACUAGUGUCACCAAGUCCACAAGAAAAUCAAAAUAUAAUUUUCAUGUAACAGAUCCAUUGAUACUACCUGAUAUAUCACCAAUCAAAAUUAAACACCCAAUAACUCCAACACAAAUUAAUAGCAAUUCAUCAAAUAAUAUUGUGUCUCCAUCUUCCUCUCCAUCCAAAAAGUUCGAAUAUUGUAAAUUUUAG